AUGAAUAUGGAAAAUGUGGUAUACGGAUCUGGAGACCAUGUGUUCAUACAAACAGGGGGCUCUGUUAAACUAGACAUAAAAAAUGAAACACCACCUCACUUUAGUAGAUUAGUAUGGAUGAAUGAUAAAUCAGAUAAUGUAGUCAGAUUUCUAAAUCAAUCUGGAGAAAUCAAACCUCACAGUUCAUAUAUGAACAGAGUGGAUUUCAAUGCUAAAACCUUCUCUCUAACACUGAGGAACAUGCAGAAGACAGACAGUGGACUCUACAGAGCAAUGACAAUAGGAAAACAAGAAAUGUGUGUUGCUGAAUACAACAUAUCAGUUAUAGAUCCAGUGGAUUCUCCUAUUCUGAACUGGAAUGUCACCAGAAUAAGUGUUAACGCCUGUAUUGUGGACAUCUCAUGCAGUGGGCGUGAUCAUACAAUCAGAGAAAUCCACCACAGCAACAACUGCACUCAGGAGAAAGUGAAAUCAUUUGGAAUCCAGACUCUAGCCCUGUAUUGUAUAGAUAACGUAGUUGUUUGUAACUACAGCAACCCAGUCAGCUGGAAGAAUGACAUAAUAGAGAUUAACCAACUUUGCACACCUCAUGAACAUUUAAUUUCAGCAGAGUAUCCCAACGAAAACGAUGGUUCUUUUCCUCUCCAUUGGAUCUUGGUCAUCGCUGGUGUAUCAGUGUUGGUUUUCCCAGCAGUUUCUGUAAUAUGCUGCUCUUACAAGAAGCGUAAAAGGG